UAGAAUUUGUAACCGCUAGUCAUUGCUCAUAUUAAGAGUUUUCCAUGUCAUUCAUCUUUUUCCUGCCUUUUAUUUUUCUCUGAAGCCCUGAAAGGAAAUUUAGUCGGCUUACGUCAAAAGUGUAAACGGAGUGCUAUUUGAUUUAGCAAUUCCAAACGACAUGGCGUACCACACAUCUGAGGAAUAUUAACUAAACAUGUUUGCGUGCCGAAAGUAUAAAUACAUCCGAUAGUUAUGGUAGAGCCAGCCGAAUUCAUCAUCAUCAAAUGUAUAAUGAGUUUCUUUCGGUAUAGGCUAAUGCGUUUUCCAGUUGUGACAGGGGUUAAUUUCCACAACAUCGUUCGGGAAGAUUAGAUGAGCUGGCUGGCAGUGUCUGGAUCAGUGUUAGUAUAAACAGAUACCCUGCGCAGUCUGUGUCGCUACAAUCAGUUCAAGCGUCUUCUUAGCUGGCCUGUAUUGGUCGUGAGAACUGCGAUAUAAAAGAUUCCUUCGUUUGUUUCAAAGCUCACAUAAAGGCAUUCGUCAAAAUAUCACUGUAAGUACAAUUAUCAGGCUAACAUGGCGAACGGGGAAUUUGGGAUUGAUUUGCUUGCGCGUCUCUCCUGCGAAUCUGACAACUGUAGCAAACAAACUGUUUCCAUUCUUUUACGUUUUAUAUGGCUAAUAUAUUUAUGCAAAUAUAACUCUUUUUUGAACUAGUGAUACAUGCAAAAUACCUUGGCAGGAGUUUUUUUUGGUGAAAGUGUUGCGUCGAGAUAGUUCCUUUGUCUUGUACUUUGUGACUUAUAGCCUCGAAAAAACCUCAGUGAUUUCGAGAAAUUCUUUGAACAUAAAGGAUUGAUUUCUUAUGUACCUUGGUAAAGAGGACCAUCAAAAUGUUGUUUAUAACAUCGCAUUAAUAACAUUAAUGUUGUUACUCUAGAAAACAUUAUUUAGCUCGUCGUUCUCGAAUUUUAUUUAGUCUAGUAUACAGUAACUCAUCUCCGUUUCAUCCGGGAGUUCCAACAGAUCGCAUUACGGUUAACCUUACAUAUGCAAGACAUUCUCAUCAAGCGGCUUUAAACACAUGAAAUUGAUUUGACAUAAGCUACAUCUUUUUUAAACACAACUAAAAAUAGCCGAUAAUUCGAGUACAGAGUGUUUUAAACAGCAUGUCAGUGUAUCCUUGUCAGCCAUCGAUUUGUCAGCUGUUUGGUUUAGUAACUUUAAUAACUCUUUGCUCCAAAAAAGAAAACGUUUAGCAGUUAUUGAAGUAUGGCAUAAACCCACCGGAUGAAAUCAUAUGGGUGGUACAUCCGAAGAGACCACAACUAACCACGUUAUUAAGGUUUUCUACUAAGAUUGUUCUGAAAGUCAAAAAAGUUUUCCCAUGCAGUGUUUUUAAGAGGUGACCGUUUAAAGCAACAAAUUGCCUCUUGUGAUAUCUUUAACAGACAUGUUCUAAAAAUGUAACAUUAUCUUGCCUGUUAUAGGUUGACUUUUGGCCUUUUCUGAAAUUUAGGAAAGUUUUGCUAAGAAAUAUAAUGAUCCGUUCACCUUUUGGGAAAUUUCAUGACUUGAACGGCUGAAGCGAACGUAAAUGGUGUCAUAAAUACGACUCUUUUACACUUUCAAAAAACCCAGUUCAAACAUGAACGGAAUCUUGAUGGAGUAAAAUAGAAUCCACUAAUGUCGCGCGAGUCACAAUUGAUGAGCCUUCUUUGACUUCGUUAACAUACUUCAAAUUUUCACAAUACGGGCACGGUGAGCAUUACCAGAAAAAAAUAAUCUCAUAAAAAAAUUAAUUCUAGAGGGAUUAUGCAGGAAAAAUUUUAAGAACGGAAGCGUUUCAAAAAACCUGAAAAGGAAUUUGUCACAUGAUAACUAUUAACUCAAGGAUUUAAAACGCCAGCAGUUAUCACUGCCAUUAUUUUAGGUAAAUUAGAAUGUUAACAAGAUGAUCAUUGCUCUACUGUAGCGAGUCCGCACACACCAGAGAAAAUUAUCAAGAGUGAGGUAUUCUUUCCGUGUCAGUGUUUGAUCGGAUUGAAUGUGGCACUAAUCUCAUGUAUAAAUUUCAAGUACUUUUGUUCUACAAGCGAGAACAUCAAAAAUCUAAGUUAUAAGAUCAAUGAGGCAGAUAAACAUUCCUCGAGCGCUGUGAAAACCAUACCAUCAUUUAAGCCUGGAAUGUUCUUCGUGCAUGGAGAACUUGAACAGCUGCUCAAGAUCAAGCAGGAUGAGAAAUCUAAUAUGUGAAUUUCAAACAGCCUGUAGAGAGAUUGUGACACAUAUCAACUGCUCUUGGGCACUACUAUACAUUGAAGGUGAAAAAUCAACCGCAUCUUUUUGCUCUCCUUUCCUCUGGGUAAAAACCUCUAUUCAAUAACGGAAGUGGUUAUGUUGCGUGAUCUAUCCAAGGCCAAGUAAUCUACACCUCGUUGAAGUAUAAUUACUCCUUAAUCAUUUCGAUUCAUCUCUUUCAAUGUCAACGUAGAUUUAGAACAAACGAUUGAUCGUUAUGCUUUUAGCCAUAAACGCAUCUCUUAAUUAACUUCCAGCGGGUAUAUACUAUACACGUCAAAGGGUGAUAAUAAUCGGUCUCCCUAUAUUCUCCCGGUCUGGUCUUUGGCUAUAAUUGGAGUUAUUGUGGCUUAUCGCUAUUCAAAGCAAUUUGUUUUUAUCUACAUCGAUGCAUUUUUUUAUGCAUCUCAGCCGUAGAAAAUGAAUCUGGAAAAUUGAGUUCAUGGCGGACAGCAUCAUCCGUGUCAACCUCCCCAAGUUGACAAAACGCUGUAUUUCUUACCUCGAUUAUUGGAUUUGACAAACAAUAAUUAUGAAGAACAAUAAUGUGGUUUAUCAAAGACUACUCACGUUUCAAGAUAUUAAAAUUAUUCGUUCUGGACAAUAAGAGACAAUAGGGUGGGGGUUUAUGAAACCGCUAGCCUCAAGAAAUUGACCUAAGGGGCACGCGUUGAGACGUUGACGCAAGAUCCCUUACGAGAUAAUUAGAUUAGUGUUGAACCAACAUAACACAACUUCACCUUUACGUCUUGACAAAGUGCAUGCUUCACUAUAAUCUCCAUGCAAUUUUAAGAAUCUGGAGAGCUUUGCCUACCAACAGGAUUUAACAAUUGACCUCUUAAGGAUAAAAACUUUGUUCUUUCUUCCUACAUGCACUCAGACGAAACAGUACAGUCAAGAAGGCUGACCAUUAUCCUGAGUUUGCGAAUUUCAAGUGAAACUUAAACCUUCGCGGCAGAGAGAACGAUUCCAGCACCACGAAAAUGACGAAGUCUCACCUUGCAGCUUUCCUGACGUUAGUUUUCAUUCUUUCAGGUAGGUGGUUAUCGACUGCUCUUGUUUAGUCCAGUAAUCGAUUUCCAAAGUAGCAAAACAACAAAACCCCCAUAGUUUGGUACAAGUUUUGUUGUCGUUUGAUAAGAAUCUAAACCAUCGCUCUGUUGUUUUCCUGUAUGUUCUAUAUAUAGUGCUCCGCGAAUGUACGGCAAGUGAGAGGAAUUGUCUUCAAAUUGUUCGGUACAUGUACCACAGCCUUGGACUAAGAACUCGAGGGAUCGAAAACUCUAAUUUAGCAGGAGAGUGGACCUCAUCGAGGUAAGAAAACUUAAAUACCGGUAAUUUUAUUAUUAUUUACACAAGGUAUACUCUUUCGAGGCCUUCCUUGCAGCAACAGUGCGUGUUGUAAUCCGAGAGAUUAUGAAACGUUUUCAACAACAUAAUCCUCUGAUAAGAGGCAACCAUGCACUCAGCAAACAAAUUUAAAUUAGCCGUGCAAUCGCUUGUGGCUAUACCAUUCGUAGUUAAUUAUUGUUUAUUACUCGUGGUUAUUUAGAGCGUAAAGAAGGUGGAGAUACGUCAAAUUAACUCGGCUUCAGCACGCCUUAAAGGUGACGGAAACUCAUAAUUGCUUUGAUUGUCCCUUGGUCAUUAAAGUAAAGAUUCCUUUCAUGAAAAAACAUUUACAGUUUGGCAGUAAACUGGAGCUGUUCAAGACGAAACUAAGUAAAAUUUUCGCUAUUUUAAUAUUAGCUUGCCGUCCAUCAACGUUUCUUGUAACAGUGGUUAUUAAGUUAAUUAAAUAUGUCCGACUGUGUGAUUGAAAAUCAAAUGAAGCGAAAACGUCCGCUAAACGCUUCGCUUUUACUGGUGUUGUUUGUUGGUGGUCAAUAAGGAAUAGUUUGUUUAGAAGCGUCAUUGCGUAUCACGCUCUUCCCUUGUAACAAUGAACAUUGAGUUGGGACACCUCGGAAUGUGAACAACGAAGACUGUUACCGUUUUGUUGAAAGUUUGGGCAAGGCCCACUUGAAGUUGGCAUAACAAAGUAUUGCAAGACAAAUAAUUCAAAAACGCGUAAUUUUAUUCAUUCUUAAAAGCAAUGACGCCUUUUCUUUUAAGGAUAAUUGUGGUCGAGGCUGCCUUUUUGUCACUUUUCGGCUUAUUAUUCCAUGACACUUUUCAUCGCGUGAUUUAUUGGGAUUAAAUUAGAAUGAGAGUCGUGGCUUGCUUUGUUGAAAACAAACCAAAAUAACAUUUAGAUCAAAGGUCGUUAAAGGUUGGAAACUAUUGUAGCUUAAUAGCCUGGCAAGGCUCAACUAAACAUCUUUUUUUACACGAAACUUCUGGGAAUUGUUUUAGGUAGUUACUCUAUGUGAUAGUUAAGGCCACAGAGACUCGCUUUAGCCAUGCGGCAUCAUUUAGGUAGAUAACGCUGGAAGAAAACAUGCAACCACUGCCUAAUUGGUUAGUUUCAUUACAAUUAAAUGGUCGAAAAUAGUUUCUGAGUUUUUGUCUUCUUGCCAACUUUAUUGAUGGAACAAGCAGUUCCCUUAGCUGACUCUGUGGUCUAAGCAAGCAAGUAUAGAGUUUCAUAAUAUAGUCAGACUAUUGAAGUCUUGGCCGAGAGCCUGUCAAGCCUAGCUGAGUUUUGCCAGCUCAUGAUUAUUGUAAUUUAAUCAUAUCUUAAUUACCCGAAAGAAUAUAGCUGAUAUUGGAUAAAACUGAGCGAGAAUCAAAAGAAGAGUUAAACAUCAUAAGUAGUUUGAAUGAACAUGGAAACAUAUCUACUGUUUUUUUGUUUUUUGUUUUUUUUUUCACAAAACUCGGUCACAUUUAUUUCAGUCUUAGUUUGAACUGGUGCAUCAUUGCAGACCCCUUCAGUAUAACUGGUCCAGAGAUGGUCUAGUGACUUUGAUGUGCAAAUUGUCUCUGCUAAGAUAAGGUCUUAUGAAAUAAAGCCCUUAAGCGUAUUAGAAUACUUAGAAGGUGAUAUGGUAUCAAGUGUAACUUAUACCCUGUAUUUACCCUGUGAAGCAACAAGCGUUUAUUAGGUAUGGCCGGCCGGGACCAGCAGGUUACAAAAGGUCGUCAAAGUAGCAAGUUUUUCAUUUCACUAAAAGGGUAAUACAGUUGUUGAAAUAUCCGGUUUAACUUCUGCCUUCACUAAAUCUGACUAAGAAAAAGACAGACUGCUUGCAGUCUACUUCUACCUAAGAAGUGUGGUCCUGACUGAGAUAUUUGAUAGAUAAGAAAAAAUGCUUUUAUUUUAGUCUGAACCACUGAAUAGGAUGAGCUCAGGAUUUUUUUAGUGCUCUAUGUCUUAUGUAAUAAUUAACUAUCAAUUUAAUACAGGUGAACUGAAAAAUGUAGAGAAGUUGGUGAAAGAAACAGUUUAAGCCUUAAAGUCUUAUUAGAAUAAACUGGGAAUGUGCAUUAAUUUUUUGUACAAUCUGUGACAUUAUAUAUUCCUAGCAGAUGGUCCUUGAAAAUCUAAUGUGGUCCUUGAAAAGUCCUUAAAAAAUGGUUACAGUUUUUUGUAUGAACCCUGUUAAAAGUGCUUUAGAGUUAUUUCCGUGAUCAGUUCAUAGGAAAUCUUUUUGCCUCAGAAAAUCCUUAAAAACCAUGUGUUAUCAGAUACCAAAGUGACCUUGUAAAUGUCACAUUUAAGACUUACUGUGACUGUUAAACCCCUAUUCUUGCCGCAAAAAACCCUGAGUCACAUACUGACCGAGUCUUUAAACAGAGCGUAAGCUAAUUCUAUAAGAACCUAAGCGAAAAGAAUUAUAAUUGCAGUUUAAGGUAUUGAAAAAUUUAGUUCUCUGCACAGAUCAGUAAAAUACGGCCAAAUUUUACUAUAACUUCAAAUUUGCCAGUACAGACGCAUUAUAGUCAGUUUUACAACCCAUGAGUGGCAGAAAUGUAGGUGUGAUUGCGAGUUUUCAACUAUUCAUUUCAUCUCGUUGCCUUCCAGCCUCACAUUUAUUUAUAUCAUUGUCUAUUCUGAGGUGACAUGUAUUUAAAAAAACAGGCGUCGCCUUUGGGCCAUGUCUAGACAGCAAAACAGCCCGAAUUUUUAUACAAUUAGGUGGAAAAAAAACCCUGUGGCUAUAUGGCCGGUAACCGGUCAAGGUUUCCAAAACCCUAAAUGACCGGCAGUCCUGUAUUUCGUAGUAAAUUUUUCCUCUUUCCUCUUUCCUCUUUCCUCUUUCCUCUUUCCUCUUUCCUUUUUCCUCUUUCCUCUUUCCUUUUUCCCCUGUCCUCUUUCCUCUUUCGUCUUUCCUGCACUUUCCCGACUUAUCUAGGAAAGAUUGAAGCGACUCUGUUAGCAGGGUAGACUGCUAGUCAUUUCGUGUUUUGAAAAUCUUGACGGGCGGUAAACCUGAAAAAAGUUCUGUGUCACAAAACAUGGUUUCGUCUUCUGAGCCCAGCGUAAACCAAACGCUAAACUUGAGAUCUAUAAAGCGUUUCAGAAUCGCUUGACUUUUGUUAGUCAACAUAAUGAUAGUUUAUAUUAGCAGGUUUUUACGAUUUGUGAAAUUUACAGCAAAGACAAGACCGCCGGUCAGUUAGUGUUUUGAAAACCUUGACCGGUUACCGGCCAUCUGGCCACGCACUGCGAAAAAAAAAAAAAUCCUGUGGAGCGAGGGUGAAAUCGGAGUGUGAGUUAAGGAUGAGGAAUUCAUGGUAAUGCAUUGCAGUGGGUUUUGCGUUGCCAAGUCCGUAAAAGAGAGGAAUUUAAUGUUGGCAGAUGCUUUAUUUAUAAAAGAAAUUGUGCGGAUUAAUUUUAUUUUGAAAGAAAGUUUUGUGUGUUAAUUUUUCGUACGUACAAGUGCAACAGUUACAAAACGGCUAGAGACUCUAUUUGACUGUUUAAGCGGCCUGUAAGAGAGCAGCGAUUCCCCUUAUUACAGGAUAUGUAAACUACUUUUUCUUGACGUUAUUCUUCCUUUCUCAGUCAGUAAGUAGUCAGAGAUUUAUACCAUUGAUUAAAGGAUAACCAACAAUUGUAACGUAGGGAGUGCUGUGUGAGCGGGUUCAAAUCACCAGCGUCCAGGCCAUACCAUAAACUGCCGGCCGGGCUUAUACACUGUACUUCGUAAGGGCUUUUAGGAGGGCUCAUAAACAGAGGGGCUUACAUCCAAGGGGGCUCAUAACUGGAAAAAAAAAGCGCCUCAAAACAUGCUAUACUAGUGCUGAUCAAAAUGUGCUUUGUGUUUACUUGUUUUUUAUUAAGCUUCAAGAUGACAAAAUAAAUGGAAUUCAUUUCAGUACAAGCUAGAGAGGGACGUAAAAUCUAACAUUUUUUUUGUUAACAGGUAGAUAGGCUUAUAAUUUGUGGGGGGCGGGAGACUGAUAAGCGGCGUUUGAAUUUGUUGUUGUUCCUUAGCUCCGAGAGGUUUUUCUUCGGGUUGUCCGGGUUUACCCCUUCUCAAAAACCAACAAUUCCAAAUUCCAGUUCGAAUAGGAGUGGUAGACCAGGAACCAAUAAGUGAAUGUGCUGUGACCUCUAAGUCGUUUUUUAUUCGUUCAUUUUUUUUUUUAAUUAUUAUUUUCUCAAAGCCCAGGUAAAGGUAAACGAAAGUUAGUUCUGCACUUGAAAUUAGGCUCAUACGCGGCCUCCCUUUUCCAUAGUCAUGUUCUCGUCAUGAACUAAUUCACAUGUUUUUCUUCUUUUUGUACUUUUGCAGUUGCGAGGUCAGACCUGGUCCACAAUUUUUCACAAGGCACAUCACGAUUUUCCGCAACGGAACCUGGGAGGGUUAUUUUUAUCGAUAUAAUGACUCACAGUGUUCAGAGCCUAAGUUAAGCCUUCAUGUGAGAGGUUAUUUGAAAUUGUCACUGGAUCCUGUCAAAGACACCAACAAGGCACAUUUUAACUUUACGAGAGUAAAUGUUUAUCCGCACAAUGAACAUGAGCAGCAAGAAAUAGUGAAUGUGUCAAACAGACACUGCCCAAACAGCCUUCGUGUUUUUAGAUCCCCACGCUCUGGAAUCCACGUGUUCGAGGUUAACUUAAGAGCGUUCAGAAAGCGAGCCUGUAGAAAUUCUUUCGGAAUAUCAGAAUCAGAGUUUUCAAAACUUAAGCUGGAAACGAGACGAAGGAAGGGCUCCAAAUACGACAAACUUUACUUUGCUGAAAUCCCAACAAAUCGAGCGACUAGACAUAAACCCAAGUCGUACCAGCUACCUCUACAAAGGUACAAUGCAAACAACUGCACCAUCUGUAGGAAGAUCCAAUCAGGGACUGGUGUACGACCACCAAAGUUACCCCAGGUUCCUCCUCUUAAAGUUGAUUUGGAGGGAGAAUGGGCCAGCACAACCUGUGAGACAACUCCUGGAGGAGCGUUCCAAACUCGUCACUUUAAAUUUAAUAAGGAGGCGAAAAAGUGGGAAUGUCAUUACUUCUUUUAUCACGAUGCUGCCUGUAAGGAUCUUGAGGCUAUUAUACAAUUUAAAGGCAGGUUUAAAGGUGGCAUUUCUUCCAAGAAAGUAGCAGGGGCUUAUGACUAUGUGUUUACUAUGACACAAGCGACUAUAACUCCCACGUUGUCCUUUGUCACCGAUCUUUUGAACUCUGCACAAAAAGACUCUUGUGGUAAAGUUAGGUGGAAGACAAAUGUUGCACAAAAUAUCACACCUACAUUUGGAUGUGCACAGUAUGGUAUCUCUCUUCCGGAUACUGAAUAUGACCUGGUGAAGAUGGAAAAAAAUCCUGAAGGCAAAAAAUUGCUCUAUGUAGGACAGCGGGCCAGUGAUGGAACACAGCCUUCUUCACCAUCAAGAAGACCAACGUCUUUUUACCUGCCACUAGUUGAAUGCUCAUCGUACAAAUCAGUUAAAUUUGUGCCGCCGACCACUCGCCCAACCACUCGCUUGACCACUAGAGCUGUUCGUCCCUUUUCUACUUUGAGAGAAAAACCUUUGACCACCAGAAGGCGAACUGAUCGAGAGACUAUUGGCAAGGCCACCAGCAAGAAAAAUGAACAAAUUGUUGAGAACUUUACUAAGAAACAAGGCGAUAUCGAGUUGGCCUACCGAAGUUCUGCGAUCAACUGGUCUCUGUGCAAUUUACUUAUAAUUUUAUUCAUAUUUAACUUCGUUAUAGCUUAGAAGCCGCGAGUGGGAGACAACGGUUUGAACGGAAUGUCACGAAGAGUCGUUUUGUGCUAUUUUGGAAUCAGCUAUAUAGCUAAGACAACUAUGAAGACGUUGAAACCAUCACAUCACAAUGUAGCGUAAGAGAUUUAAAAAACACAUUUGCGUAGGAACGUUCUACGGAAAAAUCUUGUCGUUCCACGACCCUUCGUAGCUGUUAGUGAAUCAGAAUACAGCACUUCUUACAACUAAGAAAAUUGAGCCACACUCCACUGUGAAAUUCUUACCUUUAGAUAUAAAUGUAGGAGAAAGAUGAAUUCAAAUCUCUUCCAAAUUGCAUGAGCUACACGUGUUCACAACCCUCAGUUCCACGUUUGUUAAGAAAUAACAUCUUGACUGGUAUUAUCGUCAUAAGUUCCUUUCAGUUUUUACAAAGCAAUUUUAAACUGCAUUUUAGAUAAGUUGCCCAUGAGCGGCGGGGCAACACUGAGAAUGGAACUGAAUUCCCGUUUUCAGUUUUUAAUGAAAUUGUUUGCAGAACUAUCUUGCUAAAGAGCUGGUUUAGUAGGCCAUUUUCAAAUUGCCCCAGUAAGACUCGGUUUUUAAGCGAGGCUAAGUGAAGCCUUGGAUGUUAGGUUAAUCUUUUCUUCUCGGCAUGCAAAUGAAACGGAUUUUCAUAAGAAAGGUUUUACACUUGAACUCAUUUUACAUUGAGGCCGCUAUUUGGAACUCGGAAUGAUAGCCUAUCAAGUUCUGUGUUUCCUUCGUUCACCUUGAACAUCCUUUAAACGUAAACUACAAGUGACAUCAGAGGAUUUUUCAGUAUGUAAUGCCGCUGUAGUAUAAUUAAGAGGGUGCUAAGGAUUUCUAUAGUCUCUUAAAAUAUCUACCGCACCGACACGGUAGAGGAAGUAAAUUUUAGAGUUUUUGGCAAAACUGAUUUUUUGGUUGCCUUAUCUAAGGUCUGUAAGUUUUAUUUAAAGCGAUUAGAAAGUAUUGUUGCCUGUGUUCAAUGUUUGGGUUAAUUAAUACUCGUAACAUUUUUAAAAAAAACGGACGUUUUUUAAACAUUAAUCGAUAAACGAAAUAAAUGAAGACAGGAACCCAUUUAUCGGAGUUUGCAGUUCCAAUUUUAACUUUGCCUAGCUUCAACCUCUUCCUCAGGGCUUAGUGUCAAUUUCCGACCUGCAUUAUUGCUUAGCGGUCUGUAACAUCACUGCAGUCUGAAAUCAGAUUCGCGAGAAUUGACAUGGAUCUAAAAUUUAGCACGUCAAAUAAAACGGUCGUGUUUCCGUGAAAGGUUGAAGUUAAAUACUUCGAUUGAUAGGCUCCUGAGUUAAGGAAACAAUUGUAGAUAGGAAAAAUUUUUAAUAAAAUUUUCAUAUACUCAGUUUAUAUAUAUAUAUAUAUAUAUAUAUAUAUAGCAUCUUUGACUUUCUGUUUUUUAUUAUUCCGCUGAUUGAGGCUCC